CUGAGCUACCAGGCCCGGGAGCGCGAUGUGGAGCGCUUCUUUAAGGGCUACGGGAAGAUCCUGGAGGUGGAUCUGAAGAACGGGUGGGGAAAGAUCAAGUGCAGACUGAGCUGUGGCCAACGUUUGCAGACCAGGAAUCCACACUAGCUCUAAGCAGAGAGCUCUUGGUGUGCGGGAACUGCCAGUUUGCCGACGUGAAAAGAGCCCCAGACUGGGUACUGGUGAGCCCUGAAGUCGCACCCCAGCUCUGCCACUCAGUGAGCACGGCAACAUCCCUAAUCCUGACCAGCCAUGGAGAGGUUCGGUUCUUGCAAGGAAAAUGAGUGAAUGUGGGAAUGGCUCACCACAUUGGGAAAACAAAACUCACAUCCUGCUGAUGGUUGGCUGAGGACUGUCAUGUCCACAUACAAAGAAAAGCAUGUGGCACAGUUUUAGGACAAAGAUAUGGGUUUGUGGAGUUUGAUGAUCUGCGAGAUGCAGAUGAUGCUGUUUAUGAACUGAACGGCAAAGACCUUUGUGGUGAGCGAGUAAUUGUUGAGCAUGCCCGCGGCCCGCGACGAGAUGGCAGUUACGGUUCUGGACGCAAAUCCUUUGAGGCUAAGAUGACUGCCUGUUCCAUUUGCUGACCUUGGGUUACCUUUCCAUGCGUGGCUCUUUGAACCAUUGUGGCCCUUGGCUGACCAAAAACAGGAAGCCAUGUGACGACCGCAACCUUUCCCCAUUAGACCUGGGUGGUGGAUAUGGUUAUAGAAGAAGUGGCCGAGAUAAAUAUGGCCCUCCUACCCGCACAGAAUACAGACUUAUUGUGGAGAAUUUGUCAAGUCGGUGCAGCUGGCAAGACCUAAAGGAUUAUAUGCGUCAGGCGGGAGAAGUGACCUAUGCAGAUGCUCACAAGGGACGCAAAAAUGAAGGGGUGAUUGAAUUUGUGUCUUACUCUGAUAUGAAAAGAGCUUUGGAAAAGUUAGAUGGAACUGAAGUCAAUGGCAGAAAAAUCAGAUUAGUUGAAGACAAGCCCGGUUCUAGACGACGCCGGUCCUACUCCAGGAGUCGGAGUCACUCAAGAUCUCGCUCUCGAAGCAGACAUUCUCGUAAGAGCAGAAGCCGAAGCGGCAGCAGCAAAAGCAGUCAUUCUAAGAGUAGAUCCCGAUCCAGGUCAGGGUCCCGUUCCCGGAGCAAGAGCCGCAGCCGCAGCCAGAGCCGCAGCCGCAGCAAGAAGGACAAGAGCCGGAGCCCCAGCAAGGACCAGAGCCGGAGCCGCAGCCGCAGCGCCGACAAGCGCCGCAGCAAGAGCAAGGACCAGGCCGAGGAGAAGGUCCAGAACAGCGACAGCACCGGCAAGUCCAAGAGCCGCAGCCCCAGCAGGCAGAAAAGCAAGAGCAAAAGUAGAAGCCGCAGCCAGGAGAGGGGCGCGCAGGAGAAGCGGGGCAGCGUGAGCCGAAGCAGAAGCAAGGAGAAGAGCCUGCGCAAGAGCCGCAGCCGGAGCCGCAGCAAAGGAGGCAGCCGCAGCCGGAGCCGCAGCAAGAGCAAGGACAAGAGGAAGGGGAGGAAGAGAAGCAGGGAGGAGAGCCGCAGCCGCAGCCGCAGCCGCAGCCGCAGCCGCAGCAAGAGCGAGAGGAGCAGAAAACGGGGCGGCAAGCGAGACAGCAAGUCGGGCAGCAGCAAGAAGAAGAAGAAGGAAGACACCGACCGCUCCCAGUCCAGAUCGCGAUCCCGCUCAGGCUCGAAGGAGCGGGAACACGCCAAGUCCGAGUCCGGCCAGAGGGAAGGCCGAGGGGAGAGUGAGGAUGCUGGCGCCAAUCAGGAGACCCGGUCCAGGUCGAGGUCCAAUUCCAAAUCAAAACCAAACCUCCCAUCAGAAUCACGCUCCAGAUCAAAGUCCGCCUCAAAAACCCGAUCCCGGUCCAAGUCUAGAUCCAGGUCUGCGUCCAGAUCACCCUCCCGGUCUAGAUCUAGGUCCCACUCGAGGUCCUAACUGGCUACGACCACAGCUGGAACUACCCAAGAAGUCUUUUGUACAUGUUUGGUAGCCGUAGCACAAGUGAUUGAAGUAGAACAUAUGUCACUGCUGUACAUUUUUAACUCCCCUAAUGGUGUGUCUACAGUUGUUAAGUCUAAGCGCUUCCUCUCCGUAAAGCCUCCUGGCGUCAGGCCUUCCUGCUCGACCGAAAGCAGUCUUCUCUUUGAAAACCCCCUUUACUCAUGGCCCACAGUAGAAUAUCCAAAAUGCCUUGGCUUUGAGGCCUGGCCUUUCCUACAGGGAGCUCAGUACCUGGAUGGCUUUAAGGCUGGAAUGAUGACAUAGGUAGGUAUGGUGAGUUCAACCAUUUUGCCCUUGAAUUGAUGCCCUUUGAUGUAUGCCAUUUAGUGAAAGUGCUAAGUCUUAAGUUUCCUACCACUUUGGUUUCAUAUUUUUGGACUUAACAAAGUUGUGAAUAGCACAGUCGAGGAAAAUUGAUACCUGCAGUAACCCAUAGGAAAUAAACUGUAGAGUUCCAUAUUCUGGUAUUGUGAUUAUAUUGUUUUAUAUUAAAAAAGAAAAGAAAAGAAUUUUUUUUAAUUUUAUUUUUCCCCGUCUUGCAAAGUAUAGUGACCCCUGUUUCCAUUAAAUUUGAAUAAAG